AUGCUCCUCUCCCGCCUCUUCCUCAGCCUGGCGAGUACAGCGUGCUUGUCCCUGUCGUGGGCGAAGCUACUCUAUGUUGGAGUGAAUGAAUCUGGUGGCGAAUUCGGUGUGUUUGGAUCCAAAGGACAAGGACUGCCCGGUCGUUUCAACGUCGACUACGCGUUCAUCAAUAAAGACACUGUUGACAUCUUCGUUGACCAAGAGAAGAUCAACCUCUUCCGCGUGACUUUCCUCAUGGAGCGAAUGUGUCCUCUCUCUUUUGGAUUGGGUGCGAGAUUCAAUGAAACUUACUUCAAAGAAUAUGCAGACGCCAUCAACUACAUCACCCUAACAAAAGGAGCCUACGCACUCAUCGACCCGCACAACUACAUGCGCUACAAUGACCCAUCUUCCCAGCCUUUCAGCGGUAGUGUUAUUGGCAACUCAUCGGACCCCACGGCAGCCACCACCUUGCAAUUCGGAGAGUUCUGGUUCGAGCUCGCUCGACGCUUUGCAUCGAACCCGCGUGUCAUUUUCGGAAUCAACAACGAGCCUCAUGAUAUGCCAACACAACUCAUCCUUGCCAACAACCAGGCCGCCAUCGACGGUAUCCGCCUGGCCGGCGCCUUCCAGCUCAUCCUCGCGCCCGGCAACGGAUUCACCGGCGGCCAUACCUGGACCCAGGUCACCAACGGCAACGCUCCUUCCUCUGACUUCCUCAAUAAGCUGAGAGAUCCCAUUAAAAACACUGCCAUUGACAUCCACGAGUACCUCGACAUCGACUUCUCGGGACAGCAUGACGCGUGCGAGCAGCCCGGCCCGUCGAACCUGGCCAAUCUCACUACUUGGCUACGUCAAAACCAUCUCAAAGCUGUCGUUAGCGAAUUCGGCGGAGGCAACAACCAGAACUGCUUCAAUUUCAUGAACGACAUGCUCAAGUACCUCGCGGCCAACGACGAAUACAUCGGUUGGGCCAUCUGGGCGGCGGGUCCGUUCUGGGGGACAUUCUCGCCGUGCUGUGGCGCAGACACUGGUAGCCUUGAGCCAGGAAACAUGAAUGACCUGGGGCAGCCAAACGCCUUCCAGACAGUGUGGCCGGCUGCGGUCCGACCAAACAUACCUAAAACUUUGAAGCGGAGCGGGAUAUCGAGCUUACAUUAG